UUUGGGGCAAUGGUGGGUGGUGAUGGAACAGGAGAUCACAACGGAGAAGGCGCGCCCUGCCUGAUCUUUCGGCAGUCUCCUGCCAGGUCGCCCUGGGCCAGCCCUGCUCCGCUGUUCCCACCAGACUCAAGGAGGCCUGGCAGAGACCAAGUUCUUGAGAUCAUACCAAGGAAUGAAGAACAAAUACAAAAUCUGGUGGACUUGGAGGCUGAAGAACAUCUUCAGCUUGAUUUCUGGAAAUCAUACACCAUCCCAGGGGAAACAGUCCAUGUCCGAGUUCCCUUUGUCAAUGUUCAGGCAGUCAAAGUUUUCUUGGAGUCCCUGGGAAUUGCUUAUUCCAUCAUGAUUGAAGAUGUUCAGGUUCUGUUGGACAAAGAGAAGGAAGAAAUGUUAUUUAAUCAGAGAAGAGAACGGAAUGGCAACUUCAACUUUGAGGCUUAUCACACCUUGCAAGAGAUCGCCCAAGAAAUGGAUAACCUCGUUGCUCAACACCCUGGGCUAGUGAGCAAAGUGAAUAUUGGCUAUUCUUUCGAAAACCGGCCCAUGGACGUGCUCAAGUUCAGCACUGGUGGAGACAAGCCGGCCAUCUGGCUGGACGCUGGGAUUCAUGCUCGUGAGUGGGUUACACAAGCUACUGCACUGUGGACAGCAAAUAAGAUUGCCUCUGAUUAUGGAAAUGAUCCAUCCAUCACUUCCAUUUUGGACACCAUGGAUAUCUUCCUGCUGCCUGUCACAAAUCCCGAUGGAUAUGUGUUUUCUCAAACCCAAAAUCGUAUGUGGCGGAAGACCCGGUCUAAGGUCUCUGGAAGUCUCUGUGUUGGUGUUGAUCCUAACCGGAACUGGGAUGCAGGUUUUGGAGGACCUGGAGCCAGCAACAGCCCUUGCUCUGAGUCAUACCAUGGACCCCAUGCCAACUCUGAAGUGGAAGUGAAAUCCGUAGUGGACUUCAUCCAGAGUCACGGGAAAAUCAAGGCCUUCAUUACCCUCCACAGCUAUUCCCAGCUGCUGAUGUUCCCCUAUGGGUAUACAUGUGCCAAAUCAGACAAUUUUGAUGAGCUGAAUGCAGUGGCCCAAAAGGCUGCCCAGUCUCUGACAGGUCUGCAUGGCACCAAGUACAAAGUGGGACCUAUUUGCUCAGUUAUCUACCAAGCCAGUGGUGGAAGCAUCGACUGGGCCUAUGACUCUGGCAUCAAAUACUCCUUUGCCUUUGAACUGAGAGACACAGGUCGAUACGGCUUCCUCCUGCCAGCCAGUCAGAUCUUGCCCACAGCCAAAGAGACCUGGCUUGGCUUGAAGACAAUCAUGGAGCAUGUGCAAGACCACCCCUAUUAGGGCUCGGGUGGUGAAAACUCCAUUAAAAGGUCUUUAA